AGCCUCGAUUGCAUGCGUAGGAACGGCAGGGUCCGUGAGGGCAAACGCAAAUCGAUUGUUAAACAUGUGCACCCCUAAUUUGCUAUUAUCCCCUUGAAAGUUGCUUUAACAGGGAAGCGUUUCAUCUCAAACAAAUGGAAGGCUUCCAGAAUGAAGAUAUCCUCACACAUGCGUGAAAGAAACUUUAACUGAACGUCAGGAACUGAUCUGAUAUUAUCGUCUGGAGCAAAGGUUCAACGAAGAAACAGGCCGCAGAUUACCAUGAAGAUAUUAUUUCGAUGUUUUCACCUGUUUCUUUUCACUCUUGCCGUCACAUCUCCGGUAUGUGGAGAUAAUUUUACCCUGGGUUUGCUUGUACCCUAUGAUGCAUCACAUGCUCCUGCCGUGGGAAAACUGUUCGCUCCCGCCAUUGUAACCGCCGUGGAUGACAUCAAUAACUCAUCUGAUCUUCUCUCCGGCCACCAUCUGUCUUAUAUCUGGACUGAUACCAAGUGCAACGAAGAUACGUCUCUGCAUGCAAUGGCUAAUCAGAUUCACGAGAAGAAGGUGUCCGCCAUUAUAGGUCCUGGAUGUACUUGCCAAUAUGAAGCGAGAUAUGCCAGCGUACAGGACGUCGCAAUGAUAUCUUACAUGUGCAGAGAUCCGCUGACUAAAAAGGAAGAUUACGCAACAUUUGCAGAGACGUUUAUCCAGGUGGAGGUGCAUAAACUAUCGAGAGGCCUCAUUAAAAUGUUCCAAAAGUUCAACUGGUCAGAAGUGGCCAUAUUGUAUGAAAACAUUACCAGUUAUAUCAGGAUGAAAGAAGUCGUGGAGCGCGAGUUUAAUUCUAACAAUAUCAAAGUGCUUAUGGAUAGAGAGCUUCUUGCUGAUCAAUGCUACAAUCAUGUGAAGAACAACCGUUCAAGUUUUUGUGAUCCGCCCACAUCGGUGACGAAUGUAAGCGAUUACAUGGGAAAUAUGUUCAAAGAACUGAAGGACAAAUGCAGAGUUGUACUUUACUUGAGUGAAUAUUCAGUGGCCCGUCAGACGCUUGAGUACGCGUAUAAUCAGGGUAUGACACAAGGCGACUAUGCAUUCGUCAUGCUACAACUUGACCUUGAACGGUUCAAGCGUAACAUGGACAAGCCAGGACAAAUACAUCUGCUUUUGGAUUUGGAUCCAGACAAAACAUGUGAUUAUUAUCAAGCCCUGGAGUCGGUGGUAUUAGUGGAGGUUCAGAGUAAAUUACCAGAUGAGAAGAAGUCGUAUGAAGCGUUUGAAAAGAAAGUAAAAGAAAAAUAUGACAGUUUCAAGACAAACUUAACAGCGAGCCUCGAGAAGAUAGAAGCACCGCUGUCAUUUUACGCCUAUUAUUUGUAUGACGCUGUUUAUCAAUAUGCCAAAGCAUUGAAUAAAACUUUGGCAAGGGGUAAGAAUGGAACAGGACGAAAUGUCAUUCGCAACCUACUAAACUCUACUUACGAGAGUGAGUAUGCUUGGUUUAUUUUUAGCACGGAAGAUUUUCAGUGGCCAAAUGGUGGAAAAAUACCUCUGUCAAAACCAAAGUGUGGGUUUGAUGGUCUGUUAUGUGUUACUUCUACACCUUCUACAUUUAACACAGCGAAAGAAGAUCGUCAAGAUGGUGGAAAAAUUGGUGCUAUUAUUGGAGGAGUUUCAGCGUUUGCAGGCAUCACUUGUAUCAUACUCCUCGUCAAUGUCAUCAGACAAUACAUGUUAAAAAAAGAGAUGGACAGUUUAUUGUGGAAAAUGAAUUACAAAGACAUUCGUUGGGUGCAGACGUCUUCCAGCGUUAGUUCUGACAUGGCUGAAGAAGAAAAUUCGCUUUCAAUGUCUCGUAGAACAAGCAACCAAUAUACUUUUACGAACUUUGGAUUUUAUAAGGAAAAUAAAGUGACCGUGAAGCAGAUUGGAACCAAGACGAUUGAUUUAACAAAAUCUAUUCUCUUAGAACUGAAACAGAUGCGCGACUUUCGUCACGAAAAUUUCGCCCAGUUUUAUGGAGCCACUGUUGAUUCACUUUACAUCUGCAUUGUUUUUGCCUUCCUUCCCAGAACCCUUAAGGAUUUUCUGGCUUGUUCAGACGUGAAGCUGGAUAAAACAUUUGUUUCGUCUUUAGUCACAGACAUUGUUAAGGGUAUGGCCUAUCUUCAUUCGUCAGAUCUCAAGUACCAUGGUAACCUAAAAUCUUCCAACUGCCUGAUAGACAGUCGGUGGACGCUGAAAAUUUCUGAUUAUGGCCUUACUAUGUUGAGAUCAAAGUGUAAUUUAAGUGCAAAGACGAGCAGCGAAGAUUUACUUUGGACAGCACCGGAGCUACUCCGUAAACGUUUCAGUUUUCCUAACAGUGCUUCUCAUAAGAGAAACAGGAAAUAUGUCAAUAUUCAGAAGGCCGAUGUGUACAGCUUUGCUAUUAUUCUUCAAGAGUUUCACACCAGGAAAGGACCAUUUAGCAAUAACAGGAACCUCUGUGCGAAAGAAAUUGUAGGGAGAAUCACAGAACCCGAAGUUCCCAUAUUUCGCCCUACUGUGCUUAAUUUUAUUGAAGAAUUGGACGAACUCAGGGAUCUGAUGAAAAACUGUUGGGAGGAAGAUCCUGAUAGCAGACCAGACUUCACCGAGAUCAAGAAAAGAAUAAACAGGAUUCUGGUCAAUAAAGGAAUUAAAACUAACAUUUUCGACAGCAUGAUUUACAUGAUGGAGAACUAUGCCAACAAUCUUGAGGAUAUUGUGACUGAAAGAACAAGUCAAUUAAUAGAGGCAAAGAGAGAAACAGAAGAACUUCUUUACAAAAUAUUUCCAAGACCAGUUGCAGAACAACUCAUUAAGGGAAAACAAGUCGAGGCCGAAAACUUUGACGAAGUGUCCAUCUAUUUCAGUGACAUCGUAGGAUUUACAAGCCUCUCUUCUGAGAGUUCGCCAAUGCAGGUCGUUACUCUUCUUAAUGAUCUCUACACAUUAUUUGAUGACAUUAUAAGCGAAUACCGUGUAUAUAAGGUUGAGACCAUCGGUGACGCUUACAUGGUGGUUUCCGGUCUUCCGAUAAAAAAUGGGCACGAUCAUGCGGGUGAAAUAUCCCGGAUGGCUUUGCACCUAUUGGACUCAGUCAAGGAAGAGUUCGUCGUCCGUCAUAAGCCUGGGUACAAACUACAGCUUCGUAUUGGUAUUCACAGUGGUCCUGUUGUUGCUGGAGUGGUUGGAAGCGCUAUGCCUCGUUACUGUCUCUUUGGCGACACGGUGAACACUGCAUCCAGAAUGGAGUCCUAUGGAGAAGCCGGAAUGAUACAUAUCAGCGAAGCAACAAAGAAUAUUCUUGAAAUUCUUGGAGGAUUUACGAUCAAGCGCAGAGGAGAAGUACACUUGAAGGGAAAAGGAGAGGUCACAACAUACUGGUUGAUGGAACAUCAGCAUAGAAGACAGCCAAUCUCUCCAAAAAGACCGCGUCCAAAGAGACAUUUUUUCAAUAGUACCAACGAUGGCGGAGGAUUGAAACCUUCCUGUAUUACGCGCUCGUCGUCGUUACGAAGGUCACUCAAAUGUGCGUCUGAAAACCCAAUGACAAAAAUUCCAAUUCAGGUUGUUGUAGGUAACGGUAACAAUCGGGAAAAAAGGAAAGAAAGUACGCACUCUAUUACAAGUGUGUAAGGAAUCUGGGAAGGUAUUCGUGUGUCUGCACGUGUGAUCAGUGUUGCCCCAACUUUCAAGUCAGAAAUUGUUGGUAACUAUCCGGUUAAGAGAUGUCUUUUUGUCUGUAUUUCAUGGUGCAUACCCAGUUCACUCGAGUGACCUAAGCAUGUGGCUUGGAGGAGCCUGAGAUCAGCUUUAUAAUUGAAAUACGCCAUCAAGAGGUGCUGGUCUGCGCCAAAAGAAUUUACGUGAUACUGCUACUGAUGGUUUCUGAGAAUACAGGAUUCUGUCAAACGCAACAAACUCUUCAAAACAUGACAGGAGGGGCUUUCCCCUUGCGCUCACAAAAGGCAUAACAAGGCAACCACGUGUAGUUUAGGACAUUACUUUGUUUGAUUUUAUACAAGUCUCCAAAUCUUCUUUAAUGGCUGUGAAGCUGGUUACCCUGCCGUUGUGAGAGAGGAUUGCGUUACAAGCCGCAAUUCACUAGAUAAACUUAUGCUCACCCACUCUCCAGUGGAAAGAACUGAACAUGCGCCACUGGCUUACAAGUCACUGAGCGCAGAGAAUCCAACUACUU